AUGUUAAUGAUCGUAACGAAAGUUUGCACUAAAGCUGACUGUCCACUGGUGGCACAUGUGGUCCAAUCGGUGACCAACUGUCUGAACGCCACAACCCUUUACGUGACAUCCAUUGUAAUGGUUGUGAUCGCCGGCGACCGCUAUUACCUCAUCACAAAUGUCUUCGAGAGUCCAUUCGAUGCCAUUUCCACAAGACUUCUGUUGGCCAUCAUAUGGACAGUAUGCAUUAACGAUGAAAACUAUUUGGUUGGCCUCAACACCGACCACCUGUUCCGACAGAUCACACGAUUAAUGCGAUUCAGUGUCCAGUUUGUGAUCCCAUCCCUACUGAUCGGCUAUUUUUGUGCCAAAAUUAUAUUCCACUUAAACUCAACACAA